AUGGGAUGUGAUGCUGCGCACUGUAUGACUAAAUGUGCUAUUGUUCGUACAUUUAUUAUUAUUAACAUUUUGCAUGUUAAUAAUACAAAACCGGAUGGUUCAUUAAAUGAUUGUUUGGCAUGUGAUGAAGAUUAUUGUGGUAAACCUUUUAUUGUGUGCUCUGGUGCAAAUCGUCGUCGUUCAGGCAUUAUGUCUGAUAUUGAUCGUCCACAAGAUGCAAUCUGGAAACGUUACGCCUGCUAA